AUGACUGCACUAACCAGCCGCUGCCCUCCCCUGCUCGGCUUGAAUCUCCUGAGAAGGAAUUCGGAUGAUGUGGGAUGGGAAUAUAGGGUUCUUGUUGAUGCUAACAACAAGGACAAGGUGAAGUGCAACCUCUGUGACAAGGUGGUGCAAGGAGGGAUUUAUCGAUUGAAGCAACAUGUGGCCCAUGAAGGACAGAAUGCAACAAAAUGCAAGGCCAGAACAUCGGAGGCUCUGGAGGCUAAAGAGAAGUGCAAGAAAGCACUAAAUGAUGCAAAAAGGAAGAGGGAGGAGAAGAUUGUUCGUGAGCUAAAACUUAGAGAUGAAGUGAAUGUUUCUCGGGUUGGAGCAAUACCAUUCAAUGCAUGUGACAAUGAUGAGUUCAAGCAAAUUGUUGAAGCAAUUGGACAAUUUGGGGCUGGACUUGAACCUCCAACUCAGUAUGAUCUGCGAAAGACAUUGCUGGAAGAAGAAUAUACAAGAACCAAGAGUUUGUUGCAAGAACGUGAAGCUGAGAAGCUGAAGAAUGGGUGUUCUAUUAUGACUGAUGCUUGGAUAGAUAGGAAGAGGAGAAGCAUAAUGAACUUGUGCACUAAUUGUGCUAAUGGAACUUGUUUUAUCAGCACAAAAGAGAUGUCAAAUGUGUCAUACACAUGUGAAGUCGUCUUUGAACUAGUGGACAAAGCAAUUGAAGACAUUGAUUCUCCAUUGCAUUUGACAGCUUAUUUGAUAGCUCAAAAGAGAGAGAUCAAAGAGGCCUUUGGCAAUAAUGAGUCCCGGUUCAAGGAGGUAAUUGUUGUUAUUGACAAGAAGAUGAAAGGAAGACUUGAUUCUCCAUUGCAUUUGACAGCUUAUUUGCUGAAUCCACACUAUAGUUAUAGUAACCCAUCAAUCUUUGAUGAGCCAAUAAUAACAGAAGGAUUUAUCAGUUGUGUGGAGACUUUUUAUUAUCACGAUGAGGAUAAGCAAGAUCAGGCUACCAACAUUGAACUAAAAAAGUUUUAG